AUGUCUUACACACGAGAGCAUAAGCCCGAGUCAGAGGAAGUUACUCUUAGUCAACUUAAGACUUCAUCGAAUCGGAUUGACAUGGUUCAAAUCGCGAACAGUAAAACUCUGAUCUCCUACAGCUGGGCUGGCCGAGAAAAUUCCAAAAUCAUGGUCAAAGGUGUGAAUGUCGUUUCCCGUUGA